AUGAUCGAGAGUGAAAGACUUAAUUAUAUCCGUUUUCAACAAAAACAUCUUAGGUCUGAGUCAUACACAAAUCUUCAGAAAUUUAAGAAUGAAGGAAAAGAGGAUCUAUCUAAUACUGGGGUACGGUUAGUACUACCAUCAUCUUUUACUGGUGGGUCUCGGUAUAUGCAGCAAAAUUAUCUAGAUGCUAUGGCUAUUUGCAAAUGGUUCGGGUAUCCUGAUUUUUUCAUUACGGUGACAUGUAAUCCUAAGUGGCCAGAGAUUAUCCGAUACCUUCGAAAUACUUCAAUUAAGCAAGAGGACAGACCAGAUAUUAUGUGUCGUUUGUUUAAGAUGAAACUGGAUUCAAUUAUAAAGGAUUUGAAGGACAAGAAAGUGUUUGGAGCACUAAGUGCAGCGGUUUAUACUGUUGAAUUUCAAAAGCGUGGAUUGCCACAUGCUCACAUUUGUAUUUUUUUGAAACCUGAAUCCAAGCUUCUUUCCGUUGAUCACGUAGACAAAUUCAUAUCUGCUGAGAUACCAGAUAAGAUUCAAGAUCCCGCUCUUUAUGCUCUUGUAUCCGAGUUUAUGAUUCAUGGUCCAUGUGGAAAUGCAAAUCCCAAUUGUCCUUGUAUGGUUGAUAAUAGAUGUUCAAAAAAAUUUCCGAAAAAAUUCAUUAAUGAAACAAUUACCGAUGCUGAAGGUUUCCCUGUAUACAGAAGAAGAGAUAAUGGAAACACCAUUAUCAAGUCCAAAGUUCAAUUGGACAACAGAAGUGUCGUUCCAUAUAAUCCGCUUCUUUUGAAAAGAUACCAAGCUCACAUUAAUGUAGAAUGGUGCAAUCAAGCGGGUUCUAUCAAAUAUUUGUUUAAGUACAUUAAUAAAGGUCCAGACAAAGCAUCGCUUGUGGUGACAAAUGGAGACGGUACAGAUAACGAACAAACAGCAAAGGAUGAGAUCAAAGCUUAUUAUGAUUGUAGGUACGUUUCCGCUUGUGAAGCUUCUUGGAGAAUAUUUGCUAAUGAAGUUCACUAUAGGUUUCCUCCAGUUAUGAGGCUUCCUUUUCAUAUGGAAGGUCAACAAAAUGUUGUGUUUGGUGCCGAAGACGAUAUUGAAGAAGUGUUGGACAAGCCAUCAGUCUCUUCAUCCAUUUUUUUAAAGUGGAUGGAGAUGAACGAAAAUAAUGAGGAAGCACGGAAGCUUACGUAUGUUGAGUUUCCUACAAAAUUCUGUUGGAAACUAAAAGAUAGAAAUUGGGCAGAACGUAAAAGAAAAUUAUUACAGAUUGGACGCAUUCAUUCUGUUUCCCCUGCUUUGGGUGAACCAUAUUUUCUUAGAAUUCUUUUAAACAAAGUCAAAGGACCAAGAUCCUUUGAAGAAAUUAGAACUGUUGAUGGCCAGUUGUUUCCAACCUUCAGGGAUGCAUGUUAUGCUAUGGGUUUGUUAGACGAUGACAUGGAAUACAUCGAAGCUAUUAAAGAAGCGAGUUUUACGGGAGAUGGUCGUUAUAUUCGUGCAUUGUUUGUUACUUUGCUGUUGUCAAACACAUUAUCAAGACCUGAAUUUGUUUUCGAACAAACAUGGAAAUACUUGGGGGAUGACAUUUUAUACAAUACGAGAAAAGAAACAAAGAACAAAGAUCUUGUAAUGUCAGAUGAGAGAUUGAAGAACAAGACAUUGGUGGAGAUUGAGAAGUACCUCAUUCGAAAUGGGUCCUCUUUGACACGAUGGCCAACAAUUCCUUAUCCUGAUUACGAUUCGUUUGCUGUUGGAAACAAUCGUCUGGUUGACGAAGAACUGUCUUUUAAUGUUCCUCAGAUAAUGACAACCGUUGAAGGCGACAAAGGAGGUGUAUUUUUUGUUUACGGAUAUGGAGGAACGGGGAAGACGUUUUUGUGGAAGACGUUAGCCUUAACCGUUAGGUCGAGAGAGCAGAUUGUUUUAAAUGUGGCUUCAAGUGGUAUUGCUUCACUUCUAAUGUCAAGAGGUAGAACGGCUCAUUCUAGAUUUCACAUCCCCAUAAAUUUAGAUGAGAGUUCUAUGUGUCACAUAAGGCCCGAUGGUGAUGUAGCUUAUCUGCUUAAACAAACUAGGUUGAUUAUAUGGGACGAAGCACCCAUGGUACAUAGACAUGCGUUUGAAGCUUUAGAUAGAAAAUUAAAAGAUAUUUUUGUCGAUAAAAGCAAUCAUCAGUCGGAUGUUUUGUUUGGAGGUAAGGUUAUCGUUUUUGGUGGUGAUUUUAGACAAAUUCUUCCUGUUAUUCCAAACGGAAGUAGGCAAGAAAUUGUUAACGCUUCGUUGAGUUCAUCCUAUAUAUGGCCCCAUUGCAAGUUACUUACUUUGACCAAAAACAUGAGAUUGACUGUUGGUGUUUUACCAUCUACAGUCGAGUCGACAAAGAGAUUUUCCGAAUGGCUUCUUGAUAUUGGCGAGGGUAAAGUUGGAGGGGACAAUGAUGGUGUAGCAACUGUAGAAAUACCAUCUGAUUUGUUAAUCACAGAUUCUUUGGAUCCCAUCGAAAUUUUAAUUCAAUUUGUAUAUCCAUCUGUUCUUGAAAGAUAUAAGGAUCGAGAUUAUUUUUCUGAAAGGGCGAUUCUGACACCAAAAAACGAGGUGGUACAUGAAAUAAAUGAUCGACUACUAGAAUUGUUUCCUGGUGAACCAACAGAGUACCUGAGUUCUGAUAGUAUAUGUGCGACGGAGAAAGGUAUCGAUUCAUUCCAACAAGAGUUGUAUUCACCUGAUGUCCUUAAUGGUUUAAAGAUAUCUGGUUUACCUAAUCAUCGUUUGGUUUUAAAACCUGGAGUUCCAAUUAUGCUUCUUAGGAACAUUGAUCAGCAAAAUGGUUUGUGUAAUGGUACAAGGUUACAGGUUACAUUUCUUGGAAAGAGGGUUAUAGAAGCUGAAAUUAUAUCAGGUGCUAAUGUCGGAACCAGAACAUUCAUACCAAGAAUUAGCAUGAUUCCCUCCGACAAAAAAAUUCCUUUUGCUUUUCAAAGACGACAGUUUCCUGUUGCUGUGUGUUUUGCUAUGACGAUCAACAAGAGUCAAGGCCAAUCUUUAUCUAAGGUUGGAUUGUUUUUAAAAGAGCCCGUUUUUACACAUGGCCAGCUAUAUGUAGCAUUAUCAAGAGUUAAAUCAAGGGAAGGCGUGAAGAUGUUAAUUCUUGAUAAGGAUGGCAAACCUACCAACACAACAACUAAUGUGGUUUACAAAGAAGUGUUCACACACUUAUGA